AUGGAAGAACUCGGGAUCUAUCCGACUCAUACACCCAAUCUGACCAACCCGGUUGUGUCGAAGUUCAAACUGGCAUCCAGUAGCACCAACAACCAAGAUGUGUACCUCAAGCUUAAGAAGCUACAGAAGGAGCUGGAACUCUUGAUUCUGCAAGAGGAGUAUAUCAAAGACGAGCAACGCCAUCUGAAGAGAGAGCUCGUUAGAGCCCAAGAAGAGGUCAAGAAAAUUCAAUCAGUUCCUCUAGUCAUAGGACAGUUCCUUGAACCAAUCGACCAACACACAGGUAUCGUGUCAUCAACCACCGGAUCAAACUACGUGGUCAGAAUCUUAUCAACUCUAGACAGAGAAUUGUUGAAGCCAUCUUCCUCGGUCGCCCUGCACCGUCAUUCCAAUGCUUUGGUGGACAUAUUACCCCCAGAGGCUGAUUCUUCCAUAUCAAUCGUUGGGGAGAAUGAGAAGCCCGACGUGACAUACAACGAUGUCGGAGGAUUAGACAUGCAAAAACAGGAAAUCAGAGAGGCAGUUGAAUUGCCACUGACACAAGCUGAUUUAUAUAAGCAGAUUGGUAUUGAUCCGCCUAGGGGUGUUCUGUUGUACGGUCCUCCUGGUACUGGUAAAACCAUGUUGGUCAAGGCUGUCGCCAACUCCUCCACCGCGUCAUUCAUCAGAGUUGUUGGUUCUGAAUUCGUUCAGAAGUAUCUUGGUGAGGGUCCAAGAAUGGUUAGAGAUGUUUUCAGAUUGGCCAGAGAAAACUCGCCUUCCAUCAUCUUCAUUGAUGAGAUUGACGCCAUUGCCACAAAGAGAUUCGACGCCCAAACAGGUGCAGAUCGUGAAGUGCAGAGAAUUCUGCUCGAAUUGCUCAACCAGAUGGAUGGUUUUGAUCAAACUUCGAAUGUUAAGGUCAUUAUGGCCACAAACAGAGCCGACACGUUGGAUCCUGCUCUGUUGAGACCUGGUAGAUUGGAUCGUAAGAUCGAAUUCCCAUCUCUCAGAGACAGAAGAGAACGUCGUUUAAUUUUUUCCACAAUUGCAUCGAAGAUGUCGCUUGCUCCAGAGGUUGAUCUUGACUCAUUGAUCAUCAGAAACGAUCCGUUGAGUGGAGCUGUAAUCGCUGCUAUCAUGCAAGAGGCUGGUUUGAGGGCUGUGAGAAAGAACAGAUACGUGAUUCUACAAUCAGAUCUGGAAGAGGCCUACACCAGUCAGGUCAAGACGGGCACAGAUGUUGACAAGUUUGAGUUUUACAAAUAG